GUAGCUCCUCCCAACACAAAUAUCCUCAAAGCUUAGCCCGACGAAAACAAGGAAGUAACGAGUAAAAAAAAAAACCGAGGAACUUUGAGUAAACCUUAUAUUUAUUGUCAAAUAAACGCAGAAUUCGGUCUGUUGAAAUUCUCGCCCACUAGAAUAUUUCACCUACAGUGAAGAACAAUGAACAACAAAGGGUCAUAUCCACAAGCUGUUUACCCUCAGCAGAGCACGGCACCCGUUUACCCGCCUGCUAUGCAAGUCCCUCCUCAGGUGUCUCCAUAUGCAGAUGCCCCUCCUCCAUACUCUGAGGUUUAUCAGGCCAGGUAUAUGGCUCCUCCCCCAGCCCAUGGGCAGAUGGCCCCAAUGACCUCAGCUUACCCUGGUACUCAGAUGUACAUGCCCAUGCAUGCUCAGUCUGUGCCAAUGGGGGCCAUGGCCCCCAGUGUCCCAAUGGCAUAUUAUCAGAUGGGGCCCAUGUACCCCCAUGGUUCCACCGUCAUGGUGGAAGGCGGAUUCGAUGCUGGAGCUCGCUUUGGGCCUAGCACCAGUACUUCCAUUCCUCCUCCACCACCUGGACACAUCCCUAAUGCGGCUCAGUUGGCAGCCAUGCAAGGUGCAAAUGUUGUGAUGACACAACGUAAGGGCAACUUUUUCAUGGGUGGCUCCAGCGGCGGUUACACCAUCUGGUAACAGUGAGCACCCCACUGGCCCUGGACCGAAGCCCUCCUUCCUUCUCCCUGGUUCCCUUUACCUGUUCUCCCACCCCUGCCUCCUUUGGGGCUGCUUGGCUAAGCCACAAUACUGAUUUAAUCUAAUGGAAUGUAAUAUUUUAGAGCCCCUUACUCAAGGUACAGUACGCCGCUAUUGGUAUAAUAUCACAAUUAUAUAAUGUAUAACACAAUUAUUGUGUAUUCACAGUUAAAAAGCGCAUGGUAAUUGUAAGUUUGAACUUCUAGUGAUCAUAUAUUCAUUUACCGUAAUCAUUGGUUGGCUAAUUUAGAGUAGACUACUUUUAAGGUGAAGACCAGGUCAUUUUUUCCUUUGACAUUGGCGUACCUCUUACAACUUCAUUUUUACAGUACAUUUUCUAGUUUUUGGUUGUCUUCUUGAGCCAGAGAUCAUGCCAAGAGAACUGCCAAGAGUCAGAUCAUCUGUGUAAAGUAGCUAUGCACUUGAAACUUUCUCUUUGAAUAGUAUGCUUAACUACGCCUUUCAUUCAUGUCAUUAUUAAGGUCUUGUCAAAUAUGUAAAAUGCAGAUUUAAGCACUCUAUAUCAAAGAGACAGGUGUGUUUACAAAUUCAAACGAUGGCGGCGUAUUGUACCUUUGGGCAAGCUUAUAUAAAUAUUAUCAGGUGCCAAAACUGCACCAUUGUUUAAAAUUUUACAUAUGAAUGAACCUAAAUGCAGUAAAAGAGAAAGCGAACAAGAUUAACUAAACUGGUUCAGAAAAGUCAGAUUUUUUUUCCCCCCCCCCAAUAUUUUCCCUCCAAUGUCGGAUACCCAGAGCUGUACGUAUAGCAGUUUCACCUUGUUUAGCGCGUGUUAUGUGUGUUCCAGCUAUAUGUGCUUCUACACAAAUUUUUAGGCAUUUCCACAAAGGUAAACUUGUUUACAGAGGUCAGGGCUUAAUCGAAAGACAAUUUAUUUUCAGUAUUUUAAAUGGUUUGGCACAUCAAGCUUUUUUAUUUUAUUUUUUUCGUGGGGAGCUGCUUGUACCAAAGAUCUGGACAAGAAUGCACUAAAAGCUUUUCGCUUUUUGUAAGUCUUCUGUCAUAGUACAUCUGCACACAGAUUCAUACUGAAAUAAACAAACAUAUCAUAUUUAGAUGAUGGUGAUUGCUUUCCGGACAGAGCACAAGACUGCUGUGACUGCAUUUUUUAGGGGUUUGUGUUUUAAAAAUAUAUCAAUGUUUCCUAGUUGCAUCUUGAUGUUUCUGCAUGCACUUUUCAGUAGCUUUGUUCUCAAUAAAGUGUUAUCAUUGUUAAAAUUUUUUAGGAGUACUACAAAAUUAAUUUAUGUGCACGGUCAACCAAUUCUGAAAUGUUUUUGCCGAUUUCAUUUGUACAUAUGCUUUUAAAUACAAAUAGCGUCAGUUAUACUUGUUGCUGCAUUGAUGAUUUUUCAAAGCAGUGUGGUAAUACGUAGCAGCCUAUACAACGGCUGAGAAAUUGUGCUGUUUUGUAAAUGUUUCGCAAGGGAUUAAAGUUUUCCUCUCUCUCA